AUGCCGGCUCACCGCACCCACCAGCGCUGCUGGAGCAGCCUCCCCAGCCCCAGUGUUCGUGAGGCUGCCUCCAUGUAUAGUACAGCUGUGGCCAUCUUCCUGGUCAUCCUGGUGGCUGCACUGCAGAGCUCCGAGCCUCCGGAACACCCCUUCCCCUACCACAUCCCCCUGGACCCCGAAGGGAUCCUAGAGCUCUCGUGGAACAUCAGCUACGACCAGGAGAUCAUCCACUUCCAGCUCGAGGUGCGAGGGCCGAGGGCUGGGGUUCUGUUUGGAAUGUCAGACCGAGGCGAGAUGGAGAAUGCUGACCUCAUCAUCCUCUGGACUGACGGCAACAGAUCCUACUUCGCGGAUGCCUGGAGUGACCAGAAGGGGCAGCUCCAUCUGGAUGCCCAGCAGGACUACCAGCUGCUCCAGGUGAAGAGAACUCCUGACGGCCUAUCCUUGCUCUUCAAGAGACCCUUUGUCACCUGUGACCCCAAGGAUUACUUCAUUGAGGAUGACACUGUCCACCUCGUGUAUGGGAUCCUGGAGGGGCCAUUCCAGUCGCUGGAGGCCAUCAACACCUCAGGCCUGUAUACGGGAUUGCAGCGCGUGCAACUUCUAAGGACUGAGGUCCCCACUCCAGACAUGCCUGCGGAUGUACAGACCAUGGAGAUCCGGACCGCGAACGUUGUCAUCCCUGACAAUGAGACCACAUACUGGUGCUAUGUCACUAAGCUGCCCCCAAACUUCUCUCGACACCACAUCAUCAUGUAUGAGGCCAUUGUCACCGAGGGCAAUGAGGCCCUGGUGCACCACAUGGAAGUCUUCCAAUGUGCAUCUGAGUUUGAGACCAUCCCCAGCUACAACGCACCCUGUGACUCCAAAAUGAAGCCUAAUCAACUCAAUUACUGUCGCCACGUGCUGGCCGCGUGGGCCCUGGGGGCCAAGGCAUUUUACUACCCAGAGGAAGCUGGUGUCGCCUUUGGGGGCCCGAACUCUUCCCCGUAUCUCCGACUGGAGGUUCACUAUCACAAUCCAAGGCACAUACACGGCCGGCAUGACUCCUCUGGCAUCCGCCUAUACUACACAGCCACUCUCCGGAAAUACAAUGCAGGCAUCAUGGAGCUGGGCCUGGUGUACACGCCCGUGAUGGCCAUCCCUCCUCAGGAGACUGCGUUUGUCUUGACUGGCUACUGCACAGAUGAGUGCACCAGGGUGGCGCUGCCGAACACUGGAAUCCACAUCUUCGCCUCACAGCUCCAUACACACCUGACCGGCAGGAAGGUGAUCACUGUGCUCGCCCGGGGUGGCCAAGAGAGUGAGAUCGUGAACAGAGACAACCACUACAGCCCCUUCUUCCAGGAUAUCAGAAUGCUGAAGAAGGUUGUGUCUGUCUUGCCGGGGGACGUACUCAUCACUUCUUGCACAUACAACACGGAAGGCAGGAAGCUGGCCACCGUGGGGGGGUUUGGAAUCUUGGAGGAGAUGUGAGUCAACUAUGUACAUUACUACCCCCAGACAGACCUGGAGCUCUGCAAGAGUGCCAUCAACGAACGCUACCUCCAGAAAUACUUCGACCAGGUGAACAGUUUCAGCAAUGGGGAGGUCUGCACCUGCCCUCAGGCCUCUGUCCCCGAGCGGUUCAGCUCCGUGCCCUGGAACUCUUACAACCGCAAAAUGCUCAAGGCGCUGUACAGCUUUGCCCCCAUCUCCAUGCACUGCAACAAGACCUCAGCUCUCAGCUUCCAGGGUGAGUGGAAUCUGAAGCCUCUGCCUGAAAUCACAAGCACACUGAAAGAACCCACCCCGAACUGCCCCACCCACCAAGCUGUGAGCUGCACUAACUCCACCACGGUCAGCAUCCACUGGGGCAGAGACUAAGAAGGGGCUUGUUCUUCAGACCCUCCUCAUGAUGUCCCUGUGGGCUCACACCAGUUCUGUGUACCCCCUUUUGAAGACUCCCCUUCAUAGAAUAGUGCCGUACGCCUAGGAGGAAGGGGCAUGUCACCCUGGAGACACCUACGUGACUGAGACCAUCCCAUGAAGUCUAACUGGGCAGAACAAACCUGGCCACACCAGGGCUGUCUCCGUGUAGAGAUGACUUGCUAUGGGGGUCCAGAUUCAGCACUGCAGACCUACCUUGCCUCAAGAACAGCCUUGCCAGGCUGGGUGCAGACUCCCUAAGCCCCCAGUCCCCACCCUGUUGGUCCUCCAAUGGUGACUUGUGUUGGUGUUUACCAUGACAGCCCCGUUUAAACAACUCUUUGCCGAGUGGCUCAUGUUUCCCAGUGGGUGGCUUCCCUGCGACAAGACAGGACAAGGCAUUUAGCUAGUUAGAGACUCACCAGGGGAGCUCACUUCAUGGCAGAGUAAAUAGAUAUUUUCGCCCACCUAGAGGGAAGCCCCAACAAGUAGUUCCAACACGGAGAGCCGAGAUGGCUAAAGCCAGGCUCUGUGGAGGUUAGAGCCGGUUGCUUCUGCUGGUCACAGAUCAGGUUCUGGAACAGGUGGCUGAAAGUUUGGCUUAACCCUUUAAUGAAGGAGUGACUCAGUCUUCUAGUCUGUAAAAUGGGACUCACCCUCACCCAGCACUAACUGUGGACACACAGGAAGGGCUGAUGCUCCCUCCCCUAUGCUGAACCUUUCUGAGCCCCGUGGUGUCACACCCAUUGCCCUGCGUGACCGAGGCCUGCUUUUGUAAUUCUAGUCACGCCACCCGCCCUGAAUCCUUCUCUUUCUCAUCUCCCAUUUAAGGGCCAGCUCAGCUCUUUGAUGGCUUUGGAAGGGAGAAGGAGACUGGGCUCUUUUCAGCUAUUUCAGCAAAACGCAGGCCAGGUUCCCCAGGCAGGGAAGGUGAUGGAUGAGCUUUGUGUCCCCCCACUGCCACAGGCAUCAGCUAAGUGCUGCCUUCCCCUUCAGCGAGGCACUUUCUUACUGCAGAGCGAAGGUGCCCAGACUC